AUGGGGGGGCAACUUCCGCGCCGGCCGAUCCCCAUGCCUUCCGGUUCCGCGCCCGCCACCCCCUCUUCCGGGGACGCGCGGUUCGCCGCAUCUCACGGCUUCCAGUACAACGCGCGCGUCGCCACGGCGCUGCUGCCGUGCGUGCUCGUGCUUCUAGGCGCCGGCGGGCCGCUCGUUGUAGGCACACUCGUCGCGGGGCUCAUGAUCUCCUACAUCCUCGACGCGCUCCAGUUCAAAAACGGCGCUUUUGUCGCCAUCUGGUGCACCUUCUUCACCACGGCAGCCGCGCUCGCGUUCUCCGGCCUCGGCUUCGCGCCGCACAUCCCCGUUAUAAUCUCCGUGCUGAUCCUCCUCACGGCGAUGCACCUUGUGUUCCUCUGCGGCGUCUGGGUCUCGCUGCAAUUCCGCUGGCUGCAGCUCGAGCACCCGUUUGUAGUCCUCGCGUUAGAGCGACUCCUGUUCGCAUGCACGCCCAUGACAGCCAUCGCUAUAAUCACAUACGGGCUCAUCGCCGCCAUCGGCGCGGCCCACGCGCCGUUCUACCUCAUGCCGUGCCUGUUCGCGCUCUACUGGCUCUUCUCCCUCCCGCGCGCCUCCUCCUUCAAAUCCUCCAAGCACACGCUACAGCAGCAGCAGCAGCAGGCGAGGCACGGAGGCAAAGAAUCCUCCCAGGAUGUGUGGAUCAUCGGGGCGAUGGAGGGGCUGUUUCACAUGAUGCUCGUGCUGUUCCUGCCGUGCGGGUUCCACUUGGCGGUGCAUCAUAAUAGGAUCUUUGAGUCGGCGAAUGAAGCAUGCGACACGCUGCUGCUCUUCUUCGUGCCCGUGCUCUUCGUACUGUACGCGUCGAAGAAGGGCGCGCUCAAUUGGCUCACGACUGACAAGGCCAAGCUCAAACGGGUGCAAAUUCUCAACGGGGGGUUCUCCCUGGCGGUCGUGCUCAUCUGCUUCGAGAUUCGCGUCAUCUUCACCUCCUACGGCCACUACAUCCACUUCCCGCCGCCCCUCAACUACCUCCUCGUCACGCUCGCGCUCUUUGGCCUCGGAUUCGGCUUCGCCGCGCACAUGAUGGGCGUGCUGAGGGGUGCAGUGGGGUCCGCAGUGGUGACCACCGUGCUGCUGGUGUCUGCAGUGGCGGGAUCGCUGGUCAUUGGCAUGCCUGUCACGGUGCUCCCCGCCCCAGCCAUAGCAGCAGCGUACCUCGCCCAUUACUACACCACGGGCAGCAUCACCUCCUACUUCAUCUUUGCAGCAGCCUCGUUACUAGCAGCAGCGUGGUUCGUUAUGGACCAGUACUUCGCCCUCGCUAUAGUCUUCGCAGGCAUGACCCUCAAGGCCCUCUGCCAGGAGAUGCUCCUCGCCCUGCUGCUCGCUCUCCUUGUACCAGGCGCCGCGCUCUUCCAAAAGAGCCAGCGGGUCGUGGGGGUCAUCGUGGUGGCUCAGGCAUUCCUCUUCUGCAGGCUGGAGAGUCUGCUGUACAAUGGGGAGGCUCAUGCGGAGGGGGGCGUGUACCCAGCCUUCCUAGUGCUCGCCACCACGGUGGCGGGUUUUGUCGCGAUGCGCAAACUGCGGAUCGCAGGGAAGAUCGGGGCCGUGGCGGAGUGGGUGGGCAUAUGUCUGUACCUGUCGAAGCUGCCCAUGCUCAUGGUGCACUCGCAGGGCGUUCUUCUAGGCUCUCAGCUGCUGCUGCUUGCCAUCUCGCCUCCGUUCUUCCUUUACCAGGACAAGUCUCGUCCCGGCUCGCGCAUGAAGCCGUGGAUGGCAGUGAUGCACGCAGCGCUCGUGCUCCUCACAGUGCUCUUCUGCCGCUACGUCAUCUUUGACGUCAUCGUCUCUGCCUCGGGUCACAAGCCCUCACACGCUCUUCUCAUCGGCUCCCUGGGGCUCAUCGCUAUUGCUGGAUGCCUGCCCAUAGGGGCCCUGCACUUCCCCAACAGCCUCAAAGCGAGGAGGGCGGGAGCGCUGGCAGUGGCAACGUGUCUCCUGUUCUUAAUUCUCCAGCCGCCGCUGCCCCCAGCAUGGCACGUGGUGUGGGAUGAGGACCACUUCCCUGACAACGAUCCGGACGACUCCACCAUCUAUGGGCAGAGCAUCGAGGGGCCUGUCUGGCCCGUCUGGCUGCUGCUGGGGACGAUUGUGUCGGCACUGGCGGCAUUUUUCUCUGCUAUUCCGAUUGCUAAGGUCGAGUCCGUUCGGCUCAUCUACUCAGUGGCCAUCGGCCUAUCCUCCGGAAUCUACCUCGCAGCCAAGUUCAUUCCCCUCGCGCCCAUCCUCUGCCGCUUCCUCCUCCUUGCCGCCUCCGUCCUCGCCGCCCUCUUCCUCGUCCUCACUCACCACCCCACCGCCUGGAGCGGGCGGCUCAUGCCGCCCCUCUUCGCCGCCCAGAUUCUGCUCUUCCCUCUGCAGUGGUUGGCGCUGGGACGGGCAACUUUGGUGGACAAUGGGGAUGGGGAGGAGGUUCCAGAUUUCUAUGAGGAAACACGGCUGGAGACCUACGCCAACUCCCUCUCUGCCAUCUACUGCACCUUCUUCCUCCUCGCCGCCCUCAUCAUCAAGUUCAAGCUCUCAGCAGCACUACGGGACAAAAUCGCAGGUGCCGGCGUGGGCGGCGGCCGGGCGGCAGUGGGAGGGGUGGGCGGCGAGGAUUCAUCGACCAAUGGGGAAUCGGCUCUGCCCAAGAGCUCUCCGUUUGGGCCCAAGCACAGAGCCAUACAGACGCGGCCUCUGAAUCUGCUCGCGUCCUUCUUCUCGCGCAAGUCCUGGAUGCCGCUCGUCGGCAACAUCAGCACCAUCCUGGCCUUCCUCCUCGCGCUCCUCCUCUCCGCUGAGUUCGCCACCACAGACACCGCCAACCACACCAUCUUCCUGCUCGUCCCCAUCCUCCUCCUCCUCAACCAGGACUCCCAAACCCUCGGAUCCGCUUUCACAGACCGCCACCGCUACUUCCCACUCACAGCUGUCCUCUCUGGUUACCUCCUCUUCACCGAUUUCCUCCUGCUGUUUUCCGAGGCCUAUUCCGGGAUUUAUUACUGGGGAACGGAGUGGUUUUCAGAGGACGACGCGUUUUUCCAGUGCGCGAAGUCGCUCCUCCUGCUGCUGCUCUGCGCGCCGAUGCACUACGUGUUCAAUCGGUUCAUGUGGGAUAAUAAGCGGCGCGGGGAUUACCUGCUCCUGGUGCUGGGGCCGUUGUGCCUGCCUGCUGCUGUGCUGCCGACGGGAGGGGAUGAGCUGCCGUCUAUAAGGACGGCUGGGUGCCUUGGAGUGGUAUAUGCUGUCGUGCAGUACUUGGUCUCUCGGCAGGUUAGAAUCGCAGGGAUGAAGUUCAUAUGA